AUGGAAGUAGAUAGGAUAUUGGGUUCCCUGAGCAUAACCGAUGAUUUCGAUCAAUUGGUUGACGUGACAUGCUUUUUCGAUGAAUUGUGCUCUAAAUUAAAGCCGGAAACUAUUGUAAAGGACCCUCGGUUCGAUUUAUUUGAAGGCACGCACUCUUUGGAAGCUGAUAACUCCAAGCUGGACUCCAGCCUAAUAGAAUUAACUGACGAAGAACUAGAAUUCGAUUUGAAUGUCGCGCAUGAAUCACCAUUGUCAAGUGUGACAGCUAUAGCGGAUAGAUUGCUUAGAUGUGUUAUCUCAUGGUUAAACGAGUAUCAAACCUUACCCACAACUGUAUUGAGUUGUAGAUAUACGGAAUGCUUGUUAUCAUCACUGAUAAAGGGAACAAGUUCGGGUCCAUUUUGGAAUACAGGGGACGCUCUGUAUGAUGAAGUACUUGGGAGCUGUGUGCUUGGGGUUUGUUACUUGGCCAAAUUUGUACACAGGCUAUUAAGCGCUGGCAUUGUUUUUGAAGAGGAGGAUUUGAAUUUCAACAGCAUGGGGUUGAACGCUUUCAAUAAUCUGCCAGAUCAAGAUGUUGUCAUUAAAAGUCUCAUAAACAGCCUCCAACUAUUGGAGACAUACUCGGACGAAAGCUUACACUUGGUUAUGUUGAAGCAUACAUUAAAGAUCACACUUUGCUUAGUCCAUUUAGAAGACCAUUUGACAAACUAUUCCACAGAAACAAUGCAUUUGGAUGAGUUAAUCGAAAACGCUAAUUCCGUCAAUAGCAUACUUCCCCAAUUACAGUUGUCUCCACCAAGUGGUUCAUUCUCUACAUAUAUACAGAAACACAGAUCUAAUCAAUUUCCCCCAAGACAAAUCACGGAACCGCCCACAGAUUACGGCGGUUUCAUUAUUCUGGCAGAAGAUAUCAAAACAGUGCUUCUUGUUAACGAAGCUAAGUCUGCGUUAGAAACUUAUCAAUUUGCUAAUAUCUUUAAUAAGUUGAAACAAAGACAUGUUAUUGCAAGGAUCUUGUUCCCGUUAAUUUUCAUCAGAGACGACAGAACCAUUUUGGGUAAAUUUUCCUUCACUGACUUUUACUCUUUACAUAUUAAAGAAUUUUCAGCGCAAACCCCUUCUGAACCUUCAUCCGCCCUAGGCGGCGAACUCAUUCAAGAAAGUUCCAAUAUCCUUUUGGAAUGGUACCAAAAUUCCUCCCAAAACACGUGUAGAUAUAGACAGGGGUUCAACCGUCAACUAAUACUAUGGGAUUCUCUUCAAGCCCAGUUUGAAAGCGUCAGUUCAAAAAUUCAUUGUUUCUGGACGUAUUUCAUGAAAUUAUCAAUCAUGAUCGAGUUUUCCCUAAAGGGGUUUGACUUGGAAAUUUAUAAGCCUUUUGAAGCCUAUUCUAUGUUUUGGUAUGUCUACUACUUAAGUAGCCAUUUGGUGGACUUACUAAAUGAGUGUCAGAAAGAAAUCGAGUCAAAUAUUAGUGCGAUCCACUCUAUGAACAAAAAAAUAAAGAAAUUAAAAGCAGGGGAGAAGAAGGACCAAUUAAGAUUCAAGUAUAGGUUCGCUAUGGAUAAUGAAAUGGACCAAUUACAGACCACUAAACAAUUCCUGAAUUAUCUUUUGAAAGAAGCUAAUAUCACCAAGUCAUUAUGCUUGAUAGAGGUCUUCCAAUUUGGGAUUUUAAAGUCAUUUCAUGUAAUCGACAAUAAAAACGACACCCCCUUGAAGUUUUCUGACGAAAGGUUAAUCCAUGAGUUGAGAUUCAAACCGUUUAAUUCGAUAGGUGUUCCAGAGUUGCCAGAACAUGAAGCCUUUCAGAAGUCUUUGAAAGAUUUUACUAUCGAUCGAGAGGAACCUUCAUUUGAUACGAGAUUGAAGGCCCUUUCAUCCUUUAUAGAAGAAGAGGUGCAAAAUGUCAACAAGUCUAUUGAUGAGAUAAUCUCAUGCAUCAAGGCGGGAGAUAACAACGGUGUGUUAGUGACGGGGACAAGAUUGGUUCAAGAGUUAUCCGUUGAGUACUAUUCCAAAUUAAAGCUUACUUCUAAGGCUAUCGCAAUCAACUCGAAAGUUAUUAUGAGUACCUUGAAAAAGGACACUGAUCACAAGGAUUACAAGGUGGAAUUAGUACAUGCAACUAAAGGUUGGAAUUACUACCCUAUACAAACUUUAAGGGUAAAGGAAAACCGCCGCAAAUGA